AUGCAGAGCUUCCUGACGCUGCUGAGGGAGCAUGGGGGUGCCUGCCCGCCCCCAGCAGAGCUGGUCACCCUUACAGGCAGGCUGUGCCGUGACCUCCAGGACGACCUUGCCCAGGUGCAGCCUUUGGUUGCUGCCAUUCUGGACAGCCAACUCCGCCUGCACCUCCUGGACAAUGCAGACGUGGCCCUGGUGUGUGCCCGUGUCCUGGCCCAGCAGGAGCAGCAGCAGGCGGCCUGCCGGCUUCUGGAGGGUUGCCGUGUGCCAGGAGGCAGCCACGAGCUGGUGCGGCUCUGGAACGACAUCCACUACGGUCUGGCCAUGCGGAAGCUGGGCGUGGCUGCGCUGACCCCGGUGCAGAAGUUCCGCUGCAGGAAGAGGAACCCCCCGCCGCCCUGCCUCUGCCCCGACGGCCUGAAGAGCCGAAACUUCCCCAGCGCGGUCCGCCGGAGGCUCCGGGACUUUGCCUCGGGCGUGAGCAGCCACCCCAGCAAGGCCGAGCGAGAGAGUUUGGCUUUGGAGACGAGCCUGACUACAGAGCAGAUCUACAACUGGUUUGCUAAUUACCGGCGGCGCCAGAGGACCCUUCAGCAGCGCCUGGAGCCAGCCCAGCAGGUGGCCGCGGAGGAUCCCAGGGCAAAGGAGAGGCAUCUGGACCUUCGGUCCUCUGGGUUCCUGCGCAGGCCUCAGUGGUCAGCAGCACGUGGGGAGACUGGGCACCAGCAGUCCCCAGAGACCAUCCAAAGACCCUGGGAGGCCCUGGCCCUGGUCACGGACAUUCCUGGAGAUGGGGUGAUCUCAAAGCCUCUGGCUGCCAGGUCUCUGCAGGGUGGUGACAUGCACCAGGAAGAGCCUGGCUGUGAUCCUGUCUCCAUCCCCACCAUCUCCCCUGGCUCUGGUCUCUGCCCUUUGCCUACUGACAGCAACAUGGUGGAGCCCUCUCUGGCUGCCCCCGAAUCGUGGCUGAUGUCCCUAGCGCUGACGUCCUCCAGGGAAGUUUCAUUCCAGACUGGACAGCUGGUCCCAGGAUACAGGCAGGACUUUGGGAUGCACCCUACAGAUGCUGCUCUGGCUGUGUCUGUCACUGCCCUAAGCGAUCCCAGCCCUGCAGGAUUUGCUGACCCAUCCAGUGGUCAUCUCCAGAGUGUGUACCUGGAGGAGGGCCCAGGCCCAGGCAGUGGACGGGCAAUGCAGGUGGGCGGUUUCCUGGUGACACAGUCCCUGCUGCAGGCUCCUGAAUUCAGCCUCCCCCAGAGCCCUCCAGAGCUGCUGCCGGCCUCGUCCACCUCCCUCGACCCUGGGUCUGCCAUGGAGCUGAGUCAGCACCUGCCCUCUAGCCAGGUGCAGUGGUCCAGUGGCCAGGCUUCCUGCGAUGCCUUCUGGGGAGCCAGGAUGCUCCUGGAGUUCUCAGGAGGCAGCCUGGGAUGAGCUGUCCCUCGGGAGCCAGGCCAGCACCCCAGGAGGAUUCGGUGUGGGGUGUCUGGCUGCUCAAGACCACCAGCU